CAGUAAACCAUCAUCUGUGAGCGCGCGGCGCUGGGGUGAGGGAGCACUGGAGAUACUGUAUCCGCGCGCGCACUCAUAAAAUACUCCCAACACAGAAACAACAUUUCGUUUAGCUCUUUCCAAUGGAAUACACGGCGUAGAUCAGCCAGACGGCUUGAUCUGGGGCCUCUGCUUUAGCUGUGUACCGAGCAAUGUGGAGCAAAUAAAGGUCCUGACGCACUGAAACUAGAGAUUAUAGAUAAUGGGCUGUGUGCAAUGCAAGGAUAAAGAAGCAGCGAAACUGACCGACGAGCGGGACACGAGCAUCUCGCAGAGCACAGGAUACCGCUAUGGCGCCGACCCCACGCCGCAGCACUACCCCAGCUUCGGGGUUACCGCCAUCCCCAACUACAACAACUUCCACGCUCCGGGGAGCCAGGGCGUGACCGUCUUCGGAGGUGUGAACUCGUCGUCCCACACGGGGACCCUGCGCUCCCGUGGUGGAACAGGAGUCACCCUCUUUGUGGCACUUUACGACUACGAGGCACGGACGGAAGACGACCUCAGCUUCAGGAAAGGGGAGAGGUUCCAGAUUCUCAACAGCACUGAAGGAGACUGGUGGGAAGCGCACUCCCUCACCACCGGUGGAACCGGCUACAUUCCCAGUAAUUACGUGGCUCCCGUGGACUCCAUCCAGGCCGAGGACUGGUACUUUGGCAAACUGGGCCGCAAGGAUGCAGAGAGGCAGCUCCUGUCCAAUGGCAACCCGCGCGGCACCUUCCUCAUCCGGGAGAGCGAAACCACUAAAGGUGCCUUUUCCCUCUCCAUUCGAGACUGGGAUGAAGUCAAAGGGGAGCACGUAAAACACUACAAGAUCCGCAAGCUGGACAGUGGCGGCUACUACAUCACGACGAGGGCACAGUUCGAGACCCUGCAGCAGCUGGUACAGCACUACUCAGAGCGGGCCGCGGGGCUGUGCUGUCGCUUGGUGGUGCCCUGCCACAAGGGGAUGCCCCGCCUCGCCGACCUGUCCGUCAAAACCAAAGACGUGUGGGAGAUCCCGCGGGAGUCACUGCAGCUCAUCAAGCGUCUGGGGAAUGGGCAGUUUGGGGAGGUCUGGAUGGAGAGCGCGGAUGGUUUGUGCUAUAAUUUAGUGCAAGUGUGUGUGAACAACUCGCCCGAGACUGUGGGCCUGGCCCACGAUGCAUGGGAGAUCGCCAGGGAGUCGCUCGUGUUGGAACUAAAACUGGGGGCUGGAUGUUUUGCUGAGGUGUGGUUUGGCACAUGGAACGGCACCACUAAGGUGGCCGUGAAGACCCUGAAGCCAGGAACCAUGUCUCCCGAGUCCUUCCUGGAGGAAGCGCAGAUCAUGAAGAAGCUGCGUCAUGACAAACUGGUGCAGCUCUACGCCGUGGUGUCUGAAGAACCCAUCUACAUCGUCACUGAGUACAUGGGCAAAGGGAGCCUGUUGGAGUUCCUGAAGGAUGGAGAAGGACGCGCUCUGAAGCUGCCCAACCUGGUGGACAUGGCAGCCCAGGUGGCUGCUGGCAUGGCCUACAUCGAGAGGAUGAACUACAUCCACAGGGACCUGCGCUCCGCCAACAUCCUCGUAGGGGACAGCCUGGUGUGCAAGAUCGCCGACUUCGGCCUGGCCCGGCUCAUUGAGGAUAACGAGUACACGGCGCGGCAAGGUGCCAAGUUUCCCAUCAAGUGGACAGCCCCCGAGGCAGCACUUUACGGGAAGUUCACCAUCAAGUCUGACGUGUGGUCCUUCGGAAUCCUGCUGACGGAGCUGGUGACCAAGGGCCGGGUACCUUACCCAGGGAUGAACAACCGGGAGGUGCUGGAGCAGGUGGAGCGUGGCUACCGUAUGCCCUGUCCCCAGGACUGCCCCAGCUCGCUGCACGAGCUCAUGCUGCAGUGCUGGAAGAAGGACCCUGAGGAACGGCCCACCUUCGAGUACCUGCAGGCCUUCCUGGAGGACUACUUCACCGCCACCGAGCCGCAGUACCAGCCAGGGGACAACCUCUAGACUGUGCUUCCUGAGCCACGAAGGACCACUCCACCCCACCUCAUCUUGGGGCAGGGGGGCAGGGAGGCAGGGAGGCGAGGAGGAGGAGGUU